AUGCCAGUGUUGCAAAGAGAUGAAUCCUUGGAGCUUAUACAGGCCUGCAGCUCUCUUGCCAAGGCUAGGGAAAUUCACUCCCAAGUUACUGUUUCCCUAACAAACGUCUGCAGAGAUGUUUUCUUGUGUAACAAGCUCAUUGAGAUGUAUGGCAAGUGUGGGAGUGCUGGAGACGCGCGCAAUGUGUUUGAUUCCAUGGACGGGAUUAGAGAUUCUUUCUCGUGGGUGCUCAUGCAGGUCGCAUAUUCCCAGAACGGGUAUCUUGCAGAUGCCAAGUGGGCGUUCGACAUCAUGCCACUGCGGAAUCUCGUGUCGUGGGGCGUUAUGAUGUCGGCAUAUUCCCAGCAUGGGUAUUUGGAGGAGGCAAAGGGUCUGUUCGAUUCAGUGCCACAGAGGAAUAUUGUUCUGUGGAACACGAUGCUUUUUGCAUAUUCUCGUCACGGGCAUCUCGAGGAGGCGAGAUAUGUGUUUGACACAAUGCCCGUGCGAGAUACCUUUUCCUGGACCUCGAUGCUUGUUGGAUAUUCCCACGGAGGCUACCUCGACGAAGCAAAGAGUAUCUACAGCGAGAUGCCACAGACGACUUUAGUCUGCUGUAAUGCCAUGCUGGCAGCAUUUGCCCGGGAAGGCCACGUGGAAGAAUGCAACUGGUGUUUCAGCCACAUGCCAGAGGCAAACAUGGUGACGUGGAACUCCAUGCUGGCGGCAUAUGCCCAAGCGGGGCACCUUGCGGAGGCUAAGCAUCUUUACGAUGCUGUCCCUGAACUUGACCGAUUCUCGUGCACGGCAUUGGUUGCGAUGUACGGACAAGCGCGUCAGCUGGAGGAAGCAAAGGAUGUAUUCGACACAAUGUCGCAGCGUGACGUGGUGACAUGGAAUGCCCUUCUCGCAGCAUAUACCGGGUCAGGCUAUCUUGAUGAUGCCAAGCGUUUGUUUAGAAAUAUGCCGGAGAGGAGCGUUGUGUCUUGCAACUGUAUGAUCUGGGCCCACACGCAGGACGGUGAUUUGGAGAACGCAAGGUUUAUCUUUGAUAAGAUGCCCGUUCGAAGCCUUGUAACGUGGAACUGUCUAGUGCUGGCAUAUGCCCAAAAGGGGCAUCUGCGAAAUUCCGUAAUGGUCUUUGAUACCAUGCCUAGCCACAGCUGCAUCUCGUGGAGCGCUCUAGUUUCGUCUUACUGGCAAGCCGGUUGUUUUGGCGAUGUAAUAUGUGUGUUUAACUCCAUGACCACUGUGGAGACACCAGACGAGAUAUGCUUCGCAAUGGUAUUGUUUUCUUGCAGUCACUUGGGGAUAAUUUUGCGUGCAAGGAGCUGCUUUGGAUCGAUGUUUGUGGACUACGGACUGAUCCCCGUAAAGCAGCACUACUGCUGCAUCCUGGACUUGCUUGCGAGAGCAACGUAUUUGCAAGACGCACUGGAGCUCAUCGACAGCAUGCCAUUUGAGAUUGGCCCCCUUGAGUGGGUUUGUUUCCUUGGUGCUUGCAGAACAUAUGGAAACCUUUGCCAUGGUACAUGGGCCGCAAGUAAUCUCCUUCGCAUGGAUUCUGGAAAUGCGGCUGCUUAUGUCUUGCUUGCAAACAUACAUCAUAAGCAACAUGACUUGUAA